GUCGGCCGGAAGUGGGGCGGAGGCCCAGGAAGUGAAGGUCCUGGUAGCGGAGUCGGCGAAGUCUGCGACGCCAGUUGCGGCCUUGCGUUCCCGGACCGUGGGCGAUGGAGAACGGAGCGGUCUACAGAUCCACGACCGAGGCGCACGCGGGGCCCGCCAGAGGCGCCCGGAGCGGCCUCGUCGCCUACUUCAACCUGCGCCGGCUCAAGGGGACCCGGCUAAUCAUCAAACUCCUUCAGCUGGUGCUGUCUCUGUUGGCCUUUAUCUGUGAGGAAGUUGUGUCACAAUGUACUUUGUGUGGAGGCCUUUACUUUUUCGAAUUUGUAAGCUGCAGUGCCUUUCUGCUGAGUCUCCUUAUGCUGAUUGUGUACUGCACUCCAGUUUAUGACAAAGUUGAUCCCGCAAAAGUCAAGUCAUCGGAUUUUUAUAUUACUGUGGGAACAGGAUUGGUGUUUUUGGUGGCAUCCAUCUUAUUCGCUUUGACACAUGACAGUACCCCGGCUGAACUUGCUGCAGUUGUGUUUGGAUUUCUAGCAAGUUUUGUGUUCCUGUCUGACUUUUUCCUUAUGGUCUAUGAAAAACGUAAGGAGCCCCAGCCAAGAAAACCUGAGGCUACUGUUAAUGAACCACUUAAUGCUCAGGGACUCUAGGGAACAGGUGUUACGUCGCCACUGCGUGGUGCCUGAGCCCUGGCAGAAGCUCUUGUAGAGUCUGUCAUUAUUAAACCACUUCUUUUGGAGCGCAAGGCAGAAAGGCAGUUUGAUCAGUAUUGAUUGGACUGUGUGUCAGUCACCACAAAUUGGGCCAGAGGGCUUUUUGUUUUAAAAAAUAUAUGUAUAUUUUUUGGUAACAGUUGAAACUUCUGUCAGAUGAAGUUUUGUUUUGUUUGGAGGUGAGGGCAAUUGUUUGUUUAAAUCACGUAGCUCAACUGAUGAUAAAUUAUUCUGUCAUUGUUACUAGGCUUAGCUUUCAAAUUAUGCUUUAUAGCUGUAUAAACAGCAUGAUUAAGUUUAUCCAUUUAGAAAUGGUUUCAUUUUUAAAUUAACUUGCUUAACUAUAACUUUGCUUUUUGAUGACUUGAUAAAAUUUAAUGUAUAUUUAAGAGAUCAAUAUUUUAAAUGUUGGUCUAGGUUUUUUUCCUUAAAAUGUAAAACCCAGUCUUUACUGUAUCUCACUCAGACUUAAAAUUAUACUGUAACAUUUUAGGAUAAUAAUAAUUGACUCUUUCUGAGACCUUUUAUAGCCUAAUAGAAAAUGUAUGGGAGAUGUUGAUAUUUUACAUGUUACAAAAGCAAUAGCAUCAGUAACCCCAUGUUCAUACUGUACUUUGCUUGUCAAUAUCUUGUAAAAAAAAGAUCUUUAUAUAGAAAGAUAGAAAAAUGGAAGAAACUGCUAUCAUGACUAAGGACCAAAGAAAGAUAAGAUACACUUUUGCACAAUGCAGUGAAAGUAGUUAUAAAAGUAGGCCUCAACCACUUCCAGAUGCCUGAAGAGAUGAGUUCAUACUAGAAGACAGAAAAUGGUUUGCUCCCUUUUGCCAUAUGAUUAUUUCUACUGAAGUUAAUACAGCUCUGCAGGUUCUGUUCAGUGUUUUCUUUGGAGCCAAUCUUCUUUUAAAACCCCAAUCUUUGAUUUUUGAUUUGAGAGCCUCCCUCUUCUGUCUCCUUAUAAGAAUGGUCCAUGUACUACUUCAUCAGGCAUUGCUGGGCCUCUGGCUCUGGCUUCCUUGAUGGCAGAUUCUCCGGAAUCUUGGGCCCUUUUAAUUGCAUAGAGUAUAGAGCAGGAUCUUUAGGGUUCUUGUUCCCACAUAGGCAUUGCUCUGGUUUCUCUUCAAAGGAGACCUUCUUUUUCUUUUUUUUUUUUUUGCGGUACGCGGGCCUCUCACUGUUGUGGCCUCUCCCGCUGCAGAGCACAGGCUCCGGACGCGCAGGCUCAGCAGCCAUGGCUCACGGGUCCAGCCACUCCAUGGCAUGUGGGAUCCUCCCAGACCGGGGCACGAACCCGUGUCCCCUGCACCGGCAGGCGGACUCUCAACCACUGUGCCACCAGGGAAGCCCAGGAGACCUUCUUAAGAAAGUGAAUAUCCAGAGAUUCCUGCCCAGUUUAAUACUGCUGAUGGUGUAAGGGAGUAGUCAAACCAUUCUCAGAAGACACUUCAUACCCAGUUCUGAUAAUUUGGAAGAACUGUCUGUUGCUGGCAGUCUGUCUUAGAGCCAGCCAGCCAGGGCACUUUGAGCAAGACCUUUCUUAAAGUGGGUCCUUUUUUUUUUUUUUUUUAAAAACGGGACCUUUCCGACCAAGUGGUU